AUGAGCUCAAUUCAAUCCUUUCUUGUGGAUGGCACACCAUCAAACGAGCAGGAUUAUGUGCUGCAAUUAACGAUACCGGACGAUGUGAUGAACAGUAUUUUGCAAAAUCCGGAUCAACUAAGUUUGAAAUUUCUAUCGGAUCCACUGAGUAGUGAAGUGAAAUUCGAAGUCUCUCUCGGUAACAAAAAGAAGGAGUAUAAUGCUGCUGUUAUUAAAAACGAUUGUGAUCUCUAUAGGUUUUCCGAUAAUCAUUUUCACCAAAUAGGAACAAUUAAACAUAGGGCUAAUUUGGACAAUUUACCAACCAUACAGCCUCCAAUUGUAAAACCAAAGACAAUACCACCAAGAAAUAUAGAAACCAAACCUCCGACACGAGCGAGUCAGAAACAUAAAAUUGUUGCCAACAGAAAGGAGGACUUCUUUUCCGGCAAAUACAAAAGAACAGACGACUCUCCAAUUAAAUUAUACGUAGCAUCCGAGCCGACUGAUUCCAACACCGAAGUAAGCAACACCAACAAAAGUGUACCUUUACAAAAAGACCCUUUCCCAUCAAAUCCGCCAGUGGUGUCAUCAUCCACAACAAUGCCCGAGUCACCACGCUCCGAGCCUUCAUCUCCCAGAGGUGACGAAGCAAUGCCAAUUUCUCCAACAGACGAAAAUGACUCGUCGUCUUUUACAAAAACUCCAAAAGAAUCAUUUGAGGCAGCAUCUCAAAACAAGUCAACAAUUUCAACCACCACCACAUUUAAAAACACACAAGCAAUAACUAACCGUAACAAUAGGCCUCAAGUGAAAACUGCUGAUUAUUGCCUCAAAAUUGGUAGCGCUGAAUUUAAACCAUAUAGUUUAAUCACUGAGGCUUUCAAAAGAGGAAUUAAUUUGAACGAGUCACCUCUAAAAUCUUCAUCCAUAUCCAAAAUUGACACCUUUGAACAAUAUUCUCAACUUAAAAAGCAGUACAAUGAAUUAUAUCCAAAGUAUGAAGCUCUAGAUAUGCUGUUAAAUGAAAACGUUGAUGAAUUUAAAAAGUAUGCAUAUCAGUGGCAAACAUUAACAAAUGAAGAAGAAAAAAGGUUAGCAAAUUUAGAAAUUCAGAAAUUAUUUGUCAGAAGACAAAAGGAUGUAUUACAACUUACCAAUAAGUACAGAGACUGGCACAAAGAGUUGGAGACUAUCAAGCACUUGAUCGAAGAUUAUGUACAACGAAAAGGAUCACAAGCAUCACGUGACAUUAUUUAUUAG